AUGAAAGACAGCAAUGGAAUAUCUGAUUUCCUUGAAGAAUGUAAAGGGCUAUGUGAAGGCUGCGUCUUGAAAAUCACAUUGGUCCAACAGGAUCCAAAAGUGUUGGCUAAGUUGACCAAUUGCAUUUUAGGGUACAAGCAAUGCCCCCAAGUAGAUAUUUCACUUAAUACCUGGGUACGCACAGCAGGUGCAGGUACCCGCCUCAAAAAUCCAAUAUUUUGGACACCCACACCCGCCAGGUCUGCCAGGGCAGGUACCUGGGUACCUCCGGGUGUGGAGGAUUCAAUGGGCUUUGUUGAGGCCGGAGGGAACCCUCCAGCCUUUGAGACAAAUCCCCAAUAUCCCCUCCAGUUUCCUUCCAUCUCCCCGAUCUCUCAAACAUAUCUACGACCAUCACCUCACCACUCGGCUACCCAUAUCGAAAACAUGAUGGACCUUCGAUUGAUCCAAAGUUUUGAAGAAGGAUACCAACGACUCUACAAGGAUUACCUUGCGCCUGAGCCGGUCUACGUUGAUUAUCUAUUCCGAAGACGCUUUCGAAAGCAUUGCCCACUAUUCAUGAAAAUUGUGGACCAAGUGACUGCACACGAUCGAUAUUUCCAAAAGAAACCGGAUGCGUUGUGGUAA